ACAAUCAAGCAGUCUUUGCCCGGCCCCCGCGAACGGCAGACGCUAGCCGCGUCGACAUGACCGCGCCGACAGGUGUCCACAGCCCUAAAGCAAAUUAAAAAAAAAAAACAAACGUCAAAACACGCUCCAUUUUCGAAGUUUCAAAAGUGUACCGUUGUGUGAAUAUAUAUUUUUUACUAGUGGCCAGUGUUAUCCAUGGAUAGCUGAUGUUAUACACCACAGAUUAUAUUGCAAGGUGCUUGCUCGCAAGUAUAAAAAUCACAGUUAAUAACCCUAAAAUUGUGACUGUAGCUCACAGUAAAGUAGCCGAUUACAAGUGAAGUGAAUAAAACUGAAGUAACCAAAUGUAUGCGAGUGACUGACUGUAGCGGCGAGUGAAGUGAAGUGACUCGAAGUGAAGUGGUAACUGUUCACGAAUGAACCAAAGUGUUGACUGUAGCGGCAAGUGAAGUGACUGAAAGUGAAGUGAACUAUGACGUAGCGUCAGCCAUGUAUCGUCCCAAUUUCUACGAGAGCACCUGCUUUCGGUGCAACGAGAUAGUGUACCAGGUGGACAGGGUCGGCCCUUUGAAGGACUUCACCUUCUUCCACAGCGGGUGCUUCAAGUGCGCAGUGUGUGGUACCAAGCUGACGUUGAAGACAUACUACAACAACCAGCACUGGACAGAGGACAAGGAGGUAUACUGCUCGAGCCACGUGCCCAAGAUUGGUCCAGGGCAUCUGGACAACUCGUCCGUGGGCAUCCGCAGCGCCCUCAACGUCCCCAAGAGCAACAACUAUGUCAAUGAGCAGAUUAGGGGACACGCUAGGAACAGUCAUGAAAAUGAACUGUCCCCGACGCGUGCGACAAAUGGCAACAGCGUGCACGCAUCGCCUGCGCGGGAGUUGUCGCGCGACACGCCGGACUACCAAUACGGGCGGUUUGACGCGAGCGCGCUGCACAUCGCGCAUGCGCUAAAGCAGACGGAGCUACAGAAAGCCUACCACAGACCGAGGGAGAAGCCUAUCGACUGUUAUCUGGACCGAGAUGAACAAACCAAGCUAGAAAUGAAACACCGGCAAGAAGAGGACGAUUUAUACAGAAAGUUCUCGAAACAUCGAGAAGAAGAAAAUAGAAGAAUACGAGAUGAAAUUCAGGAUGAGUGGGAAAGAGAACUGGAGAGACUUACCAGUAGGUUCCAGCAAGAGAUGCAGGUCAAAAAGAGAAGGCCGGAUGCGGAGAUCGGGGCGUUGACCUUGAGACAUCAACAGGAACGGGCGGACUUAGAGAAGAAUAUGACGUUGAGAAGAGACAAGAAAAAAGAGAGUCUUACAAGGAAAAUGUUGGAGCAUGAAAGGGCAGCCACGGCGGCACUAGUAGAGAAACAGAGUCACGAAAUGAUGGAGUUGAUCCAGGAGCGACGAUCGGAGUACAUGGCGGCGUCAUCUCUAUACCUCGAUGGGGAAGAGGCACCCCCUUAUCCAGCGCGCGCGCCGCCCCCUCAACCGCCCCUCGUCUCCAAAUUCCACAUUUACACAGAUCCGGUGGAGUUCGCUGAUGUCGACAAAAUUGCUAUUUCGGUGGCACAAGAAGACCAAAAAACGUUCACAGACCUGGUCCGCCAGCUAGUGGGGCGGUGCGCGACAGACGUGGAGAAGGCGCGCACGAUAUUCCGCUGGAUCACUGUAAAGAACCUGAAUAACAUACAGUUUGAUGACAACCUGAGGGGGGACUCUCCCUUGGGACUGUUGAGGGGCAUCAAGCACGGCACGGAAAGUUACCAUGUAUUGUUUAAGAGAUUGUGCAGCUACGCUGGCCUCCACUGCGUGGUGAUUAAAGGCUACAGCAAGUCAGCGGGCUACCAGCCGGGCGUGAGGUUCGAAGACAACCGGUUCAGGAACUCCUGGAACGCGGUAUACGUAGCGGGGGCCUGGCGCUUCGUGCAGUGCAACUGGGGGGCGCGGCAUCUGGUCAACGCUAAGGACGCCCCCAAGCCUGGUAACAGGGGGAAGAGCGACAGUCUGAGAUACGAAUACGACGACCACUACUUCCUGACGGACCCUCGGGAGUUCAUCUACGAGUUCUUCCCGCUGCAGCCCGACUGGCAGCUCCUCAAAACUCCCAUCACACUCCACGACUUCGAGGAGCUGCCCUUCGUGCGUUCACUGUUCUUCAGAUACGGGCUGUACUUCAGCGAUCCCAAUACUAAGGCUGUUAUGUAUACAGACUCCACAGGUGCGGCGACUAUGCGUAUAGCCAUGCCGGCACACAUGCAGAGCUCGCUCAUCUUCCACUACAACCUCAAGUUCUACGACACCGAGGGCGACGGCUUCGACGGCGUCAGCCUCAAGAGAUUCGUCAUGCAGUCGGUGGUGGGCAACGUGGUGUCGCUGCGCGUGCACGCGCCCUGCAGCGGCGCCUUCCUGCUGGACAUCUUCGCGAACGCCGUGACGCCGCGCGAGUACCUCACCGGGGAGCCCAUGAAGUUCAAGAGCGUUUGCAAAUUCAAGAUCUGCUGCGCGGAGCUGCAGACCGUGAUGGUCCCGCUGCCGGACUGCGCGAGCGGCGAGUGGGGCCCCACCAAGGCCACCCGGCUGUUCGGGCUCGUGCCCAUCACUCACCAGGAGGCGCUAGUGUUCGCGGGCCGCGAGCUCGAGAUCCAGUUCCGCAUGUCACGCCCUCUAGCGGACUUCAUGGCGACCCUGCACAAAAACGGCGUGGACGAGAAGCGGCUCUCCAAAUAUGUUCAACAGAGCGUUGCAACGGACAUCGUUACAUUCUACAUCACAUUCCCUGAGGAAGGUCAAUACGGCCUAGACAUCUACACGCGCGAGCGCAACGGCCCGACCGCGAUCCACCAGAACGGCUCCGCGGAGAAGGAAAAGCAUCUCCUCACGCACUGCUGCAAGUACCUCAUCAACAGCAGCAAGAGGAAUUGAUCCUUAAUAGCUGAUAAGGAAAUUGUUUUCACUAUAGUCCAUUUCUGUGUUAAAAGGAAAAUCGGACAAUGACUCCUGAAUAUGUUUUUACUAUAGUCCGUUUCUGUGUUAGGGGGGAAAUCGGACGUUGACCCUGUUUUUUAUCUUUAACACCUUUAGCGCCAUUUUGAGAUAUAUAGUUAUGAUACACAAACAAUACCGCUCAAGGUGUUAAAAAUGCUAAUAAGGAAAAUGCUUUACUAAGUUUUUGAGCUACGCGGAAAACCGGACGAUGACCCUGAAUUGGUCGAUCCUAUUCGCUCACCAUCACUGUCGUGUUAAAGACGUUGCUUAUUACCUAGAUUGAGAUCAACCCUUCUAAAUAGUAUAGAUAGUUCAUCUUGAAUAUGUUCACUAAAUCGACAAUGUUGUGUGGAAAAUACUCUGCAAAACCUUAAUAACCUCAAAAUUUUCCAGUAAAAUGUAAUUUUAAGCUUUACCGAUUUGUUAAAAAAUGCUAUAUGGAGUCAAAUACGAGCUUAAACUAUGGCACGAAUCCUCUCAUUUAUAAUAAUAUAUUCAUAUUUACAAUAAUAGAUGAAUUAGUUGUGUUUAUUGUUGAAUAAAAUGAACUCUGAAGAUAUUGAAAUAAGAUUGAAAAUUAUAUUCAUAUACUAAUCAUAUUUCGUGCUGUUCUAAUAUACCAAGAAUAAUAAUAUUGAGUACAUAUGGAGUAAGGAAUUUGCAAUUGUCAAAGCAACAAUAGAAUAGAAAAUUUUAUUAUUUUGUCAAGUAAAUGCUAGUAUAUUAUAUUAAUAAUUUUAAUACGACGAAUGUACCCAAAUGUAGAUAUAAUAUUACGAUUAAGUAAAAUAAAAUCCGUCCAUUAAUAUAAAAACAUUUUAUUGUAGGUUAUAUUAUAUUUUAUACAAUUCUAUGUCAACUGUAAAUUAUGAUAUUUAAAGUAAAAAAAGUUAUUCACUCUAAUAGGUUGUGCAUAUGCAAUCAAAUUGCAGAAUUUUAAUGUAUAAAUAUUACAAUAUAUAAGGUUAUAGACAAGUUACUUUAUGGUAUCAUAACAGGCACAAUAACCCAAUGCAAAAUAAAUUGCUCUAUUUUAAGUAACGUUUUAUGAAAUAUAGCAAUUUUUUCGGAUAGCAUAGUAUUAUAGGGACAGUUUAUAUCUAAUUAAAACGUACUUUUAUGUUUAAGCACGGCGAUAUAUUGUAAAUUUUAUAAAAUAUAUGGCAUGUUAUUUUUCUAAA